AUAGUAAAGCAAGAAAAAUUUUUGUUACAAAAACAAGUACGACUUGAAUUUCGUUUAUUUAUUAUUUACACUAAAAUACGAAAUUAUAUUUAAAAAUAAUAUUUUAAAUUAUGUCCCAAGAAGAUGCAAAUCGAAGACAUCCAAGAGAUCUUCAAGGUCUUUUGAGAUUCGCGAUGGAAGCAACACGAGCAGAAGAUGCUCCGCAUCCAUCAGUGUUUCAAGAAAUGGAUCCCGAACGAAGACGUUUCCUUGAAGAAGCAAUUAGAUCUCUAACAAUUGAUGUUGUCGAACAAAUACAAAAAGCCAUGAAGAUUCUCAUUGAAGGACAAGCAUCUGCACAAGAGCAAAAAGAAGCACUCGACACAGUGAUUGAUUUUAUUGAAAACAUCGAUACUGCAAAUGAUUUCUACAAAAUUGGCGGAUUUUGCAUUUUACUUCCGGGCUUAGAAUCUCCAUAUGCCGAAGUGAGACAAGGAACGGCAGAAUUGAUUGGCGAAUUGGCGCAAAAUAAUCCAUUUUGUCAAGAGCACUUGCUCGAAUUGAAUGUUUUGCCAAAACUAAUCGAGCUACUAACGGAUGAAGCGAAUGUUGCGAAUCAUGCGUUACAUGCCAUUUCGUGCAUAAUUCGUCACAACGAAGCUUGUCUUCGAGGCUUUUUGGAAAUUGGAGGCGCCGAAUGUUUGGUUGGCGUAUUAGAAAGCGGGCACGAAAAAUUGUUGAUUAAAACGGCAUUUUUACUGAGCACUUUGUGCGUUGAAGACUCGAAAUUAAGAGAGGAUGUUAUAAAAUUCGGUGCUGUUGAACGAUUGAUUCGUCAUAUUGCGCCUCGAACAGAAUAUGAUCCGCUACUUGAAACAGCAUUGUCGGCGUUGUAUGUUUUGACGGAGAGCGAAACCGCAAUUACACAAUGUCAAGAUUCGAGAUUCAAUCUUUGUUAUACUUUGGAAGAUGUCAUAAAAGUGAGCGGGAAUAAUGAUGUAUUUCAAGAAUGCAUUGGAUACGCUGAAGGACUCAUAAAGAGAUGCUUUACUCCGACAUCGCCCGAAGAAACUGAUAGAUAA